UCCCGGCGCGCAGUGCGCAGGCGCGCGCGGAGGCCGCGCGGGGGGGAGGGCGUGAGAUGAGCGUGUUGCUGCCCAACAUGGCGGACUUCGACACCAUCUACGAGCUGGAGGAGGAGGAAGAGGAGGAGGAGGAGGAGUCCGAGCCGGUGGUGAGGAGCCAGGAGCUGCCGCGGCCCCGCGACGCGCCCGACCCCGUGGCGGUGCGGGGCGCCGGACAUAUCACCCAGUUUGGCUUGAGCAACAAGUUUGACACAGAAUUUCCUUCUAUUCUGACAGGGAAGGUUGCCCCAGAAGAAUUCAAGACCAGCAUCAGUCGUGUGAACUCAUGUUUAAGAAAGAACCUUCCUAUUAAUGUAAAAUGGCUACUCUGUGGCUGUCUGUGCUGCUGCUGCACACUGGGCUGUAGCCUGUGGCCUGUAGUUUGUCUUAACAAAAGAACUAGAAGAUCAAUUCAGAAGUUGUUAGAAUGGGAAAAUAACAGACUAUAUCAUAAGCUUGGUUUGCACUGGAAGCUGAGUAAAAGGAAAUGCGAAACUAGCAAUAUGAUGGAAUAUGUAAUAUUGAUAGAAUUCUUACCAAAAUAUCCCAUAUUUCGACCUGACUGAGGAACAGCGUUUGGUCUUUCAUGUUACCUGUCAUUUUCUACCCUUAGUGCCUUGUAGAUGAUUUUGGAAAGAAGAUGGUCUACUUUGCUGUGAUUUAAAAUGUUCUUCAGUAGAAUAUCUUCCUUGCUAUGUUACUUUCUUUUGUUUAAGAAGAGAACAAUUUGCACAUUUUUUUUAUGUUAAAUGAAGCUUCUAUGUUGCACUCUGAAUUUUAACAUUAACAAUAACUGAUAUAGUUGCCACUAGGGACCUAACAUCAGUGCUGCUUAAACUUGUUCUGAGCAUGCUGCCUUAUUAAUUUCUAUAUUUGCUGUCCUUAAACAUAUAUCCUAAUGCCAUUUCAUACUGUAUUUCAUUCUAAAUGUCGCAUUCCUGUAAAUCCUCAGUAGAAACAUCCAGGUAAGCUUCUAAUAGUAAUGAUUUUAGUAUAACUUGCUUGCAUAGGACUUGCAGUUGACAGCACUGGUUUUGUCCUGCACUUUGCAAUAUCAUCAUUUACAUUAAGGGGGUAAUUAUUUUGCCCGCUAUGGAUUUGUAAAUAUUGACCCUUUGCAUAAGGUAAAGUGUGGUAUGCCAAGGUUUACAGAAUGUAAUAUAGCUCGUGUUAUUCCAUUGCCAAUAAUUCUACAUAGUUUUAUUCAUUACAUUUGUUAGCAUCCCUCUGAUUGUAUAGACCCAUUCACAUGCUGGUUUUAUGGUAAAGCCAUAAUGAGUUUGUACAUGCAAUCAGAUGUGUAGGGCUCAGUUGCACUUUUUUUAGUAAAUGAACAGAAGUUGCAUAACAUUUCUGUUUUUUUUUCUUCUUUUAAUUUCAGGUAUCAUUUAUAGUACCUGAAAUAAGAACCUUAAAUACUGUUCAUCUUUGAAAAAAUCACAUUUGUGAUGUAGACAGCAGCUGCUAUUAUCAAAAUAUCCCAAAACUUCUUUUUAAACUAUGCUUGUAUGAAUGUUAGUAUGGAUUUUUUUUAAGGACAAAUGUUCCAUAAUUGGAUUACCUUCAUUAUUAAGGGAGAAAUGGACCUAAGUAGUAGUGAAUCCUUUCUAGUGUAGAUAAAUUUUACGUAAAUCAGAGUAGCAUUCCAGAAUGUGCUGAUGGGAGGAAGUUGGAUGAAUCAGUUGGAUGUAUUCAUGCAUGUUUUGGUGAGUGGCAUUCAAGCACUGUCUGCAUAGCCAGAAAUGGCUUGGAAUUCACAAGUAGUUUUGGACUUUUCGAUGUUUGCCUUAUCUUGGAAAGGGAAAUAAUUGUAGAAAGAUUUUUCUGAACAUCUGACAUAAGCAGUUGGUAAUAGUAAGUGAUAAAAAAUAAUGCAAGAUCCCUUCCUUUUCUAAUUAGAAAUAAGAAGCAAAAGAAAACAACACCUGACUUUGUGUCUAUAAGUUGUGAUGAAUAUCAUUGUAAAUGUCCAGGAGUUUCUUUGCAGCAACCAAACUCUUUGACACCAGCUGAUUUUUUUUUUUCAGUUUUAUGCUGAUUUAGGAUUUCCCCUGCGUGUGCUUACACGUUUUUAGUAUGCAAUAUUGUAUUAAAACAAAGUGUUUGUAAAUGUCUAGCCUUCCAAUAGCUGUGCAAACCAAGAUUUCUAGUGCAAGUGUUUAGGGAAGACCAGUUUUAUUCAAGCUGUUCUGAAUUACUCUACAAUUAUAGAGUGAGAACAAGACAGCUGAGGAAUGUCAGACUCCAGAGCUUGCACUAGUUUCUAAUCCAACUGAUGUUUCAGACUCUGAAAUCUGUAUGCUUAGUGCAAAAGAUUUAUUCCACACUAGUAGAGUAACAGCUAGUGUUCAGUUGCAUUCAAAACAUAAUUGGAAAAAAAAAAAUUUAGAUUUAAUGCUAGCUACAGCCUGCAACUCAGACUUCCAUCAGAACCAUCUAGACUAUUUCAUCCACUCUUUUUUAUCUUUUGGGAAGAUUGUUAACCAACUGGAAGCAGAAAAGAUGCUUUAUAGUAGAAAAAGCACAGUGUA